AUGUCGCCUCCUGCAUGCCUUCGCCUCUCUCUGGCUCCAUCCUCGCCCCUCAAAUCGGCCCUUCCACGCUUCCUGAAUUCGCCCCUCUCCCUCAAAUCGGCCCUUCCACGCUUCCUGCAUUCGCCCCUCUCUCCCUCAAAUCGGCCCUUCCACGCUUCCUGCAUUCGCCCCUCUCUCCCUCAAAUCGGCCCUUCCACGCUCCCUGCAUUCGACCCUCUCGCUCCCUGCAUUCGCCCCUCUCACUCCCUGCAUUCGCCCCUCUCGCUCCCUGCAUUUGCCCCUCUCGCUCCCUGCAUUCGCCCCGAUCUCUCCUUGCAUUCGCCCCUCUCUCUCCCUGCAUUCCCCCCUCUCGCUCCCUGCAUUCGCCCCUCUCUCCCCCUGCAUUCGCCCCUCACUCCCCCUGCAUUCGCCCCUCUCUCUCCCUUCAUUCCCCCCUCUCUCUCCUUGCAUUCGCCCCUCUCGCUCCCAGCAUUCGCCCCUCUCGCUCCCUGCAAUCGCCCCUCUCUCCCCCUGCAUUCGCCCCUCUUUGUUCCUGCAUUCGCCCCUCUCUCUCCCUGCAUUCGCCCCUCUCUCCCCCUGCAUUGGCCCCUCUCUCCCCCUGCAUUCGCCCCUCUCUCCCCCUGCAUUGGCCCCUCUCGCUCCCUGCAUUCGCCCCUCUCACUCCCUGCAUUCGCCCCUCUCGCUCCCUGCAUUCGCCCCUCUCUCCCCCUGCAUUCCCCCCUCUCUCCCCCUGCAUUCGCCCCUCUCUCCCCCUGCAUUCGCCCCUCUCUCCCCCUGCAUUCGCCCCUCUCUUUCCCUGCAUUCGCCCCUCUCUCUCCCUGCAUUCGCCCCUCUCGCUCCCUACAUUCGCCCCUCUCGCUCCCUGCAUUCGCCCCUCUCUCCCCCUGCAUUCGCCCCUCUCUCCCCCUGCAUUCGCCCCUCUCUCUCCCUGCAUUCGCGCCUCUCUCUCCCUGCAUUCGCCCCUCUCGCUCCCUGCAUUCGCCCCUCUCGCUCCCUGCAUUUGCCCCUCUCUCCCCCUGCAUUCGCCCCUCUCUCCCCCUGCAUUCGCCCCUCUCUCUCCCUGCAUUCGCCCCUCUCUCACCCUGCAUUCGCCCCUCUCUCCCCCUGCAAUCGCCCCUCUCUCUCCCUGCAUUCACCCCUCUCUCUCCCUGCAUUUGCCCCUCUCGCUCCCUGCAUUCGCCCCUCUCUCCCCUUGCAUUCGGCCCUCUCCACCCCUGCAUUUGCCCCUCUCGCUCCCUGCAUUCGCCCCUCUCGCUCCCUGCAUUCGCCCCUCUCUCCCCCUGCAUUCGCCCCUCUCCCUCCCUUCAUUCGCCCCUCUCUAUCCCUGCAUUCGUCCCUCUCUACCCCUGCAUUCGCCCCUCUCUACCCCUGCAUUCGCCCCUCUCGCUCCCGGCAUUCGCCCCUCUCUCCCCCUGCAUUCGCCCCUCUCUCCCCCUGCAUUUGCCCCUUUCUCUCCCUGCAUUCGCCCCUCUCUCUCCCUGCAUUCGCCCCUCUCGCUCCCUGCAUUUGGCCCUCUCGCUCCCUGCAUUCGCCCAUCUCUCCCCCUGCAUUCGCCCCUCUGUCUUCCUGCAUUCGCCCCUCUCUCUCCCUGCAUUCGCCCCUCUCUCCCCCUGCAUUGGCCCCUCUCUCCCCUUGCAUUCGCCCCUCUCUUCCCCUGCAUUGGCCCCUCUCGCUCCCUGCAUUCGCCCCUCUCACUCCCUGCACUCGCCCCUCUCGCUCCCUGCAUUCGCCCCUCUCUCCCCCUGCAUUCGCUCCUCUCUCCCCCUGCAUUCGCCCCACUCUCUUCCUGCAUUCGCCCCUCUCUCUUCCUGCAUUCGCCCCUCUCUCUCCCUGCAUUCGCCCCUCUCUCUCCCUGCAUUCGCCCCUCUCGCUCCCUGCAUUCGCCCCUCUUGCUCCUUGCAUUCGCCCCUCUCUCCCCCUGCAUUCGCCCCUCUCUCCCCCUGCAUUCGCCCCUCUCUCUCCCUGCAUUCGCCCCUCUCUCUCCCUGCAUUCGCCCCUCUCUCUCCCUGCAUUCGCCCAUCUUGCUCCCUGCAUUCGCCCCUCUCGCUCCCUGCAUUCGCCCCUCUCCCCCCCUGCAUUCGCCUGUCUCUCCCCCUGCAUUCGCACCUCUCUCUCCCUGCAUUCGCCCCUCUCUCCCCCUGCAUUCGCCCCUCUCUCCCCCUGCAUUCGCCCCUCUCUCUCCCUGCAUUCGCCCCUCUCUCUCCCUGCAUUCGGCCCUCUCGCUCCCUGCAUUCGCCCCUCUCGCUCCCUGCAUUUGCCCCUCUCUCCCCCUGCAUUCGCCCCUCUCUCCCUCUGCAUUCGCCCCUCUCUCUCCCUGCCUUCGCCCAUCUCUCCCCCUGCAUUCGCCCCUCUCUCCCCCUGCAUUCGCCCCUCUCUCUCCCUGCAUUCACCCCUCUCUCUCCCUGCAUUCGCCCCUAUCUCUCCCUGCAUUCGCCCAUCUUGCUCCCUGCAUUCGCCCCUCUCGCUCCCUGCAUUCGCCCCUCUCUCCCCCUGCAUUCACUUGUCUCUCCCCCUGCAUUCGCCCCUCUCUCUCCCUACAUUCGCCCCUCUCUCCCCCUGCAUUCGCCCCUCUCUCCCCCUGCAUUCGCCCCUCUCUCUCCCUGCAUUCGCCCCUCUCUCUCCCUGCAUUCGCCCCUCUCGCUCCCUGCAUUCGCCCCUCUCGCUCCCUGCAUUUGCCCCUCUCUCCCCCUGCAUUCGCCCCUCUCUCCCCCUGCAUUCGCCCCUCUCUCUCCCUGCAUUCGCCCCUCUCUCCCCCUGCAUUCGCCCCUCUCUCCCCCUGCAUUCGCCCCUCUCUCUCCCUGCAUUCACCCCUCUCUCUCCCUGCAUUCGCCCCUCUCGCUCCCUGCAUUCGCCCCUCUCUCCCCUUGCAUUCGGCCCUCUCCACCCCUGCAUUCGCCCCUCUCGCUCCCUGCAUUCGCCCCUCUCGCUCCCUUCAUUCGCCCCUCUCUCCCCCUGCAUUCGCCCCUCUCUCUCCCUUCAUUCGCCCCUCUCUAUCCCUGCAUUCGCCCCUCUCUACCCCUGCAUUCGCCCCUCUCUACCCCUGCAUUCGCCCCUCUCGCUCCCGGCAUUCGCCCCUCUCUCCCCCAGCAUUCGCCCCUCUCUCCCCCUGCAUUCGCCCCUUUCUCUCCCUGCAUUCGCCCCUCUCUCUCCCUGCAUUCGCCCCUCUCGCUCCCUACAUUUGCCCCUCUCGCUCCCUGCAUUUGCCCCUCUCUCCCCCUGCAUUCGCCCCUCUCUCCCCCUGCAUUCGCCCCUCUCUUUUCCUGCAUUCGCCUCUCUCUCUCCCUGCAUUCGCCCCUCUCUCCCCCUGCAUUGGCCCCUCUCGCUCCCUGCAUUCGCCCCUCUCACUCCCUGCAUUCGCCCCUCUCGCUCCCUGCAUUUGCCCCUCUCUCCCCCUGCAUUCGCUCCUCUCUCCCCCUGCAUUCGCCCCACUCUCUUCCUGCAUUCGCCCCUCUCUCUUCCUGCAUUCGCCCCUCUCUCUCCCUGCAUUCGCCCCUCUCUCUCCCUGCAUUCGCCCCUCUCGCUCCCUGCAUCCCCCCUCUCGCUCCCUGCAUUCGCCCCUCUCUCCCCCUGCAUUCGCCCCUCUCUCCCCCUGAAAUCGCCCCUCUCUCUCCCUGCAUUCGCCCCUCUCGCUCCCUGCAUUCGCCCCUCUCUCCUCCUGCAUUCGCCCCUCUCUCUUCCUGCAUUCGCCCCUCUCUCUCCCUGCAUUCGCCCCUCUCUCCCCUUGCAUUCGCCCCUCUCUUCCCCUGCAUUGGCCCCUCUCGCUCCCUGCAUUCGCCCCUCUCACUCCCUGCAUUCGCCCCUCUCGCUCCCUGCAUUCGCCCCUCUCUCCCCCUGCAUUCGCUCCUCGCUCCCUGCAUUCGCCCCACUCUCUUCCUGCAUUCGCCCCUCUCUCUUCCUGCAUUCGCCCCUCUCUCUCCCUGCAUUCGCCCCUCUCUCUCCCUGCAUUCGCCCCUCUCGCUCCCUGCAUUCGCCCCUCUCGCUCCCUGCAUUCGCCCCUCUCUCCCCCUGCAUUCGCCCCUCUCUCCCCCUGCAUUCGCCCCUCUCUCUCCCUGCAUUCGCCCCUCUCUCUCCCUGCAUUCGCCCCUCUCUCCCCCUGCAUUCGCCCAUCUUGCUCCCUGCAUUCGCCCCUCUCGCUCCCUGCAUUCGCCCCUCUCUCCCCCUGCAUUCGCCCGUCUCUCCCCCUGCAUUCGCCCCUCUCUCUCCUUUCAUUCGCCCCUCUCUCCCCCUGCAUUCGCCCCUCUCUCCCCCUGCAUUCGCCCCUCUCUCUCCCUGCAUUCGCCCCUCUCUCUCCCUGCAUUCGCCCCUCUCGCUCCAUGCAUUCGUCCCUCUCGCUCCCUGCAUUCGCCCCUCUCUCCCCUUGUAUUCGCCCCUCUCUCCCCCUGCAUUCGCCCCUCUCUCUCCCUGCAUUCGCCCCUCUCACUCCCUGCAUUCGCCCCUCUCUACCCCUGCAUUCGGCUCUCUCUACCUCUGCAUUCGCCCCUCUCGCUCCCUGCGUUCGCCCCUCUCGCUCCCCGCAUUCGCCCCUCUCUCCCCCUACAUUCGCCCAUCUCUGUCCCUUCAUUCGCCCCUCUCUAUCCCUGCAUUCGCCCCUCUCUCCCCCUGCAUUCGCCCCUCUCUCCCCCUGAAAUCGCCCCUCUCUCUCCAUGCAUUCGCCCCUCUCGCUCCCUGCAUUCGCCCCUCUCUCCCCCUGCAUUCGCCCCUCUCUCUUCCUGCAUUCGCCCCUCUCUCUCCCUGCAUUCGCCCCUCUGUUCCCCUGUAUUGGCCCCUCUCUCCCCUUGCAUUCGCCCCUCUCUUCCCUUGCAUUGGCCCCUCUCGCUCCCUGCAUUCGCCCCUCUCACUCCCUACAUUCGCCCCUCUCGCUCCCUGCAUUCGCCCCUCUCUCCCCCUGCAUUCGCUCCUCGCUCCCUGCAUUCGCCCCACUCUCUUCCUGCAUUCGCCCCUCUCUCUUCCUGCAUUCGCCCCUCUCUCUCCCUGCAUUCGCCCCUCUCUCUCCCUGCAUUCGCCCCUCUCGCUCCCUGCAUUCGCCCCUCUUGCUCCUUGCAUUCGCCCCUCUCUCCCCCUGCAUUCGCCCCUCUCUCCCCCUGCAUUCGCCCCUCUCUCUCCCUGCAUUCGCCCCUCUCUCUCCCUGCAUUCGCCCCUCUCUCUCCCUCCAUUCGCCCAUCUUGCUCCCUGCAUUCGCCCCUCUCGCUCCCUGCAUUCGCCCCUCUCUCCCCCUGCAUUCGCCCGUCUCUCCCCCUGCAUUCGCCCCUCUCUCUCCUUGCAUUCGCCCCUCUCUCCCCCUGCAUUCGCCCCUCUCCCCCCCUGCUUUUGCCCCUCUCUCUCCCUGCAUUCGCCCCUCUCUCUCCCUGCAUUCGCCCCUCUCGCUCCAUGCAUUCGUCCCUCUCGCUCCCUGCAUUCGCCCCUCUCUCCCCUUGCAUUCGCCCCUCUCUCCCUCUGCAUUCGCCCCUCUCUCUCCCUGCAUUCGCCCCUCUCACUCCCUGCAUUCGCCCCUCUCUACCCCUGCAUUCGGCUCUCUCUACCUCUGCAUUCGCCCCUCUCGCUCCCUGCGUUCGCCCCUCUCGCUCCCGGCAUUCGCCCCUCUCUCCCCCUACAUUCGCCCAUCUCUGUCCCUUCAUUCGCCCCUCUCUAUCCCUGCAUUCGCCCCUCCCUACCCCUGCAUUCGCCCCUCUCUACCCGUGCAUUCGCCCCUCUCGCUCCCUGCAUUUGCCCCUCUCUCCCCCUGCAUUCGCCCCUCUCUCCCCCUUGAUUCGCCCCUCUCUGUCCGUGCAUUCGCCCCUCUCUCCCCCUGCAUUCGCCCCUCUCUCCCCCUUCAUUCGCCCCUCUCGCUCCCUGCAUUCGCCCCUCUCACUCCCAGCAUUCUCCCCUCUCGCUCUCCUGCACUCGCCCCUCUAUUUUCCUGCAUUCACCCCUCACUCCCCCUGCAUUCGCCCCUCUCUCUCCCUGCAUUCGCCCCUCUCUCUCCCUGCAUUCGCCCCUCUCGCUCCCUGCAUUCGCCCCUCUCUCCCCCUGCGUUCGCCCCUCUCUCUUCGUGCAUUCGCCCCUCUCUCUCCCUGCAUUCGCCCCUAUCUCUCCCUGCAUUCGCCCCUCUCGCUCCCUGCAUUCGCCCCUCUCGCUCCCUACAUUCGCCCCUCUCUCCCCCUGCAUUCGCCCCUCUCUCCCCCUGCAUUCGCCCCUCUCACUCCCUGCAUUCGCCCCUCUCUCUCCCUGCAUUCGCCCCUCUCGCUCCCUGCAUUCGCCCCUCUCGCUCCCUGCAUUGGCCCCUGUCUCCCCCUGCAUUCGCCCCUCUCUCCCCCUGGAUUCGCCCCUCUCUCUCCCUGCAUUCGCCCCUCUCGCUCCCUGCAUUCGCCCCUCUCGCUCCCUGCAUUCGCCCCUCUCUCUCCCUGCAUUAGCCCUUCUCUCCCCCUGCAUUCGCCCCUCUCUCUCCCUGCAUUCGCCCCUCUCUCUCCCUACAUUCGCCCCUCUCGCUCCUUGCAUUCGCCCGUCUCGCUCCCUGCAUUGGCCCCUCUCUCCCCCUGCAUUCGCCCCUCUCUCCCCCUGCAUUCGCCCCUCUCUCCCCCUGCAUUGGCCCCUCUCUCCCCAUGCAUUCGCCCCUCUCUCUCCCUGCAUUCGCCCCUCUCUCUCCCUGCAUUCGCCCCUCUCGCUCCCUGCAUUCGCCCCUCUCGCUCCCUGCAUUCGCCCCUCUCUCCCCCUGCAUUUGCCCCUCUCUCCCCCUGCAUUCGCCCCUCUCUCUCCCUGCAUUCGCCCCUCUCCCUCCCUGCAUUCCCCCCUCUCGCUCCCUGCAUUCGCCCCUCUCUCCCCCUGCAUUCGCCCCUCUCUCCCCCUGCAUUCGCCCCUCUCUCUCCCUGCAUUCGCCCCACUCUCCCCCUGCAUUCGCCCCUCUCGCUCCCUGCAUUCGCCUUCUCUCGCUCCCUGCAUUCGCUCCUCUCGCUCCCUGCAUUUGCCCCUCUUGCUCCCUUCAUUCGCCCCUCUCUCCCCCUGCAUUCGCCCCUCUCUCCCUUUGCAUUCGCCCCUCUCUCUCCCUGCAUUCGCCCCUCUCUCUCCGUGCAUUCGCCCCUCUCGCUCCCUGCAUUUGCCCCUCUCGCUCCCUGCAUUCGCCCCUCUCUCCCCCCGCAUUCGCCCCUCUCUCCCCCUGCAUUCGCCCCUCUCUCUUCUUGCGUUCGCCCCUCUCUCCCCCUGCAUUCGCCCCUCUCUACCCCUGCAUUCGGCCCUCUCUCUCCCUGCAUUCGCCCCUCUCACUCCCUGCAUUCCCCCCUCUCGCUCCCUGCAUUCUCCCCUCUCUCCCCCUGCAUUCGCCCAUCUCACUCCCUUCAUUCGCCCCUCUCUAUCCCUGCAUUCGCCCCUCUCUACCCCUGCAUUCGCCCCUCUCUACCCCUGCAUUCGCCCCUCUCGCUCCCUGCAUUCGCCUCUCUCUCCCCCUGCAUUCGCCUCUCUCUACCCCAUUCGGCCCUCUCUACACUUGCAUUCGCCCCUCUCUACUUCUGCAUUCGCCCCUCUCGCUCCCUGCAUUCGCCCCUCUCUUCCCCUGCAUUCGCCCCUCUCUCCCUCUGCAUUCGCCCCUCUCUCUCCCUCCAUUCGCCCCUCUCUCCCCCUGCAUUCGCCCCUCUCGCUCCCUGCAUUCGCCCCUCUCUCUCCCUGCAUUUCCCUCUCGCUCCCUGCAUUCGCCCCUCUCGCUCCCUGCAUUUGACCCUCUCUCCCCUUGCAUUCUCCCUUCUCUCCCCCUGCAUUCGCCCGCCUCUCUCCCUGCAUUCGCCCCUCUCGCUCCCUGCAUUCGCCCCUCUCGCUCCCUGCAUUCGCCCUUCUCUCCCCCUGCAUUCGCCCCUCUCUCUCUCCCUGCAUUCGCCCCUCUCUCUCCCUGCAUUCGCCCCUCUCGCUCCCUGCAUUCGCCCCUCUCGCUCCCUGCAUUCGCCCCUCUCUCCCCCUGCAUUCGCCCCUCUCUCCCCCUGCAUUCGCCCCUCUCUCUCACUGCAUUCGCCCCUCUCUCUCCCUGCAUUCGCCCCUCUCGCUCCCUGCAUUCGCCCCUCUCGCUCCCUGCAUUCGCCCCUCUUUCCCCCUGCAUUCGCCCCUCUCUCCCCCUGGACUCGCCCCUCUCUCUCCCUGCAUUCGCCCCUCUCUCCCCCUGCAUUCGCCCCUCUCUCCCCCUGCAUUCGCCCCUCUCGCCCCCUGCAUUCGCCCCUCUCACUCCCUGCAUUCGCCCCUCUCGCUCCCUCCAUUCGCCCCUCUCUCCCUCUGCAUUCGCCCCUCACUCCCCUUGCAUUCGCCCCUCUCUCUCCCUGCAUUCGCCCCUCUCUCUCCCUGCAUUCGCCCCUCUCGCUCCCUGCAUUCGCCCCUCUCCCUCCCUGCAUUCGCCCCUCUCUCCCCCUGCAUUCGCCCCUCUCUCUUCCUGCAUUCGCCCCUCUCUCUCCCUGCAUUCGCCCCUCUCUCCCCCUGCAUUGGCCCCUUUCUCCCCUUGCAUUCGCCCCUCUCUCCCCCUGCAUUGGCCCCUCUCGCUCCCUGCAUUCGCCCCUCUCACUCCCUGCAUUCGCCCCUCUCGCUCCCUGCAUUCGCCCCUCUCACUCCCUGCAUUCACCCCUCUCGCUCCCUGCAUUUGCCCCUCUCUCCCCCUGCAUUCGCCCCUCUCUCCCCCUGCAUUCGCCCCUCUCUCUUCCUGCAUUCGCCCCUCUCUCUCCCUGCAUUCGCCCCUCUCUCCCCCUGCAUUGGCCCCUCUCGCUCACUGCAUUCGCCCCUCUCUCUCUCCCUUCAUUCGCCUCUCUCGCUCCCUGCAUUCGCCCCUCCCGCUCCCUACAUUCGCCCCUCUCUCCCCCUGCAUUCGCCCCUCUCUCUCCCUGCAUUCGCCCCUCUCUCUCCCUGCAUUCGCCCCUCUCGCUCCCUGCAUUCGCCCCUCUCGCUCCCUGCAUUCGCCCCUCUCUCCCCUUGCAUUCGCCCCUCUCUCCCCCAGCAUUCGUCCCUCUCUCUCCCUGCAUUCGCCCCUCUUGCUCCCUGCAUUCGCCCCUCUCGCUCCCUACAUUCGCCUCUCUUUCCACCUGCAUUUGCCCCUCUCUCCCCCUGCAUUCGCCCCUCUCUCUCCCUGCAUUCGCCCCUCCCCUCUCUCCCCCUGCAUUCGCCCCUCUCUCUCCUUUCAUUCGCCCCUCUCUAUCCCUGCAUUCGCCCCUCUCUACCCCUGCAUUCGCCCCUCUCGCUCCCUGCAUUUGCCCCUCUCCCCCCCUGCAUUCGCCCCUCUCUCCCCCUGCAUUUGCCCCUCUCUCUCCCUGCAUUCGCCCCUCUCUCUCCCUGCAUUCGCCCCUCUCGCUCCCUGCAUUCGCCCCUCUCGCUCCCUGCAUUCGCCCCUCUCUCCCCUUGCAUUCGCCCCUCUCUCCCCCUGCAUUCGCCCCUCUCUCUCCCUGCAUUCACCCCUCUCGCUCCCUGCAUUCGCCCCUCUCGCUCCCUACAUUCGCCCCUCUCUCCCCCUGCAUUCGCCCCUCUCUACCCUUGCAUUCGCCCCUCUCUCCCUGCAUUCGCCCCUGUCUCCCCUUGCAUUCGGCCCUCUCUCCCCCUGCAUUCUCCCCUCUCUCUCCUUGCAUUCGCCCCUCUCUACCCCUGCUUUCGGCCCUCUCUACCCCUGCAUUCGCCCCUCUCGCUCCCUGCAUUCGCCCCUCUCGCUCCCUGCAUUCGCCCCUCUCUCCCCCUGCAUUCACCCCUCUCUCUCCCUUCAUUCGCCCCUCUCUAUCCCUGCAUUCGCCCCUCUCUACCCCUGCAUUCGCCCCUCUCUACCCCUGCCUUCGCCCCUCUCGCUCCCUGCAUUCGCCCCUCUCUCCCCCUGCAUUCGCCCCUCUCUCCCCCUACAUUCGCCACUCUCUCUCCCUGCAUUCGCCCCUUUCGUUCCCUACAUUCUCCCCUCUCGCUCCCUGCAUUCGCCCCUCUCUCCCCCUGCAUUCGCCCCUCUCUCCCCCUGCAUUCGCCCCUCUCUCCCCCUGCAUUCGCCCCUCUCUCCCCCUGCAUUCGCCCCUCUCUUUCCCUGCAUUCGCCCCUCUCGCUCCCUGCUUUCGCCCCUCUUGCUCCCUGCAUUCGCCCCUCUCUCCCCCUGCAUUCGCCCCUCUCUCCCCCUGCAUUCACCCCUCUCUCUCCCUGCAUUCGCCCCUCUCUCUCCCUGCAUUCGCCCCUCUCGCUCCCUGCAUUCGCCCCUCUCGCUCCCUGCAUUUGCCCCUCUCUCCCCCUGCAUUCGCCCCUCUCUCCCCCUGCAUUCGCCCCUCUCUCUCCUUGCAUUCGCCCCUCUCUCCCCCUGCAUUCGCCCCUCUCUCUCCCUGCAUUCUCCCCUCUCGCUCCCUGCAUUCGCCCCUCUCGCUCCUUGCAUUCGCCCCUCUCGCUCCCUGCAUUCGCCCCUCUCUCCCCCUGCAUUCGCCCCUCUCUCCCCCUGCAUUCGCCCCUCUCUCUCCCUGCAUUCGCCCCUCUCUCCCCCAGGAUUCGCCCCUCUCUACCCCUACAUUCGGCCCUCUCUAUCCCUGCAUUCGCCCCUCUCGCUCUGUGCAUUCGCCCCUCUCUCCCCCUGCAUUCGCCCCUCUCUCUCCCUUCAUUCGUCCCUCUCUAUCACUGCAUUCGGCCCUCUCUAUCCUUGCAUUCGCCCCUCUCUACCCCUGGAUUCGCCCCUCUCGCUCCCUGCAUUCGCCCCUCUCUCCCCCUGCAUUCGCCCCUCUCUCCCCCUGCAUUCGCCCCUCUCUCUCCCUGGAUUCGCCCCUCUCUCCCCCUACAUUCGCCCCUCUCUCUCCCUGCAUUCGCCCCUCUCUCUCCCUGCAUUUCUCUCUUGCUCCCUGCAUUCGCCCCUCUCGCUCCUUGCAUUCGACCCUCUCUCCCCUAGCAUUCGCCCCUCUCGCUCCCUGCAUUUGCCCCUCUCGCUCCCUGCAUUUGCCCCUCUCGCUCCUUGCAUUCGCCCCUCUUUCCCCCUGCAUUCGCCCCUCUCUCCCCCUGCAUUCGCCCCUCUCUCCCCCUGCAUUCGCCCCUCUCUCUUCCUGCAUUCGCCCCUCUCUCUCCCUGCAUUCGCCCCUCUCUCCCACUGCAUUCGCCCCUCUCUCCCCCUGCAUUCGCCCCUCUCGCUCCCUGCAUUCGCCCCUCUCACUCCCUGCAUUCGCCCCUCUCGCUCCCUGCAUUCGCCCCUCUCUCCCCCUGCAUUCGCCCCUCACUCCCCCUGCAUUCGCCCCUCUCUCUCCCUGCAUUCGCCCCUUUCUCUCCCUGCAUUCGCCCCUCUCGCUCCCUGCAUUCGCCCCUCUCGCUCCCUGCAUUCGCCCCUCUCUCCCCCUGCAUUCGCCCCUCUCUCUUCCUGCAUUCGCCCCUCUCUCUCUUUGCAUUCGCCCCUCUCUCCCCUGCAUUGGCCCCUCUCUCCCCCUGCAUUCGCCCCUCUCUCCCCCUGCAUUGGCCCCUUUCGCUCCUUGCAUUCGCCCCUCUCACUCCCUGCAUUCGCCCCUCUCGCUCCCUGCAUUUGCCCCUCUCUCCCCCUGCAUUCGCCCCUCUCUCUUCCUGCAUUCGCCCCUCUCUCUCCCUGCAUUCGCCCCUCUCUCACCUUGCAUUGGCCCCUCUCGCUCCCUACAUUCGUCCCUCUCCCUCCCUGCAUUCGCCCCUCUCGCUCCCUGCAUUCGCCCCUCUCGCUCCCUGCAUUCGCCCCUCUCUCCCCCUGCAUUCGCCCCUCUCUCCCCCUGGAUUCGCCCCUCUCUCUCCCUGCAUUCGCCCCUUUCUCCCCCUGCAUUGGCCCCUCUCUCCCCCUGCAUUCGCCCCUCUCUCCCCCUGGAUGCGCCCCUCUCUCUCCCUGCAUUCGCCCCUCUCUCCCUGCAUUCGCUCCUCUCGCUGCCUGCAUUCGCCCCUCUCGUUCCCUGCAUUCGCCCUUCUCUCCCCCUGCAUUCGCCCCUCUCUCUUCCUGCAUUCGCCCCUCUCUCUCCCUGCAUUCGCCCCUCUCUCUCCCUGCAUUUGCCCCUCUCGCUCCCUCCAUUCGCCCAUCUCGCUCCCUGCAUUCGCCCCUCUCUCCCCCUGCAUUCGCCCCUCUCUCUCCCUGCAUUUGCCCCUCUCUCUCCCUGCAUUCGCCCCUCUCGCUCCCUGCAUUCGCCCCUCUCGCUCCGUUCAUUCGCCCCUCUCUUCCCCUGCAUUCGCCCCUCUCUCCCCCUGCAUUCGCCCCUCUCUCCCCCUGCAUUCGCCCCUCUCUCUCCCUUCAUUCGCCCCUCUCUCCCUCUGCAUUCGCCCCUCUCUCCCCCUGCAUUCGCCCCUCUCGCUCCCUGCAUUCGCCCCUCUCACUCCCUGCAUUCGCCCCUCUCGCUCCCUGCAUUCGCCCCUCUCUCCCCCUGCAUUCGCCCCUCACUCCCCCUGCAUUGGCCCCUCUCCCUCCCUGCAUUCGCCCCUCUCUCUCCCUACAUUCGCCCCUCUCGCUCCCUGCAUUCGCCCCUCUCGCUCCCUGCAUUCGCCUCUCUCUCCCCCUGCAUUCGCCCCUCUCUCUUCCUGGAUUCGCCCCUCUCUCUCCCUGCAUUCGCCCCUCUCUCCCCCUGCAUUGGCCCCUCUCUCUCCCUGCAUUCGCCCCUCUCUCCCGCUGCAUUGGCCCCUCUCGCUCCCUGCAUUUGCCCCUCUCACUCCCUGCAUUCGCCCCUCUCGCUCCCUGCAUUUGCCCCUCUCUCCCCCUGCAUUCGCCCCUCUCUCCCCCUGCAUUCGCCCCUCUCUCCCCCUGCAUUCGCCCCUCUCUCCCCCUGCAUUGGCCCCUCUCGCUCCCUGCAUUCGCCCCUCUCACUCCCUGCAUUCGCCCCUCUCGCUCCCUGCAUUCGCCACUCUCUCCCCCUGCAUUCGCCCCUCUCUCCCCCUGGAUUCGCCCCUUUCUCUCACUGCAUUCGCCCCUCUCUCCCUCUUCAUACGCCCCUCUCUCCCCCUGCAUUCGCCCCUCCUGCUCCCUGCAUUCGCCCCUCUCUCCCCCUGCAUUCGCCCCUCACUCCCCCUGCAUUCGCCCCUCUCUCUCCCUGCAUUUGCCCCUCUCUCUCCCUGCAUUCGCCCCUCUCGCUCCUUGCAUUCGCCCCUCUCGCUCCCUGCAUUCGCCCCUCUCUCCCCCUGUAUUCGCCCCUCUUUCUUCCUGCAUACGCCCCUCUCUCUCCCUGCAUUCGCCCCUCUCUCCCCCUGCAUUGGCCCCUCUCUCCCCCUGCAUUCGCCCCUCUCUCCCCCUGCAUUGGCCCCUCUCGCUCCUUGCAUUCGCCCCUCUCACUCCCUACAUUCGCCAUUCACGCUCCCUGCAUUCGCCCCUCUCUCCCCCUGCAUUCGCCCCUCGCUCCCCCUGCAUUCGCCCCUCUCUCUUCCUGCAUUCGCCCCUCUCUCUCCCUGCAUUCGCCCCUCUCUCCCCCUGCAUUGGCCCCUCUCGCUCCCUGCAUUCGCCCCUCUCUCUCCCUGCAUUCGCCCCUCUCGCUCCCUGCAUUCGCCCCUCUCGCUCCGUGCAUUCGCCCCUCUCUCCCUUUGCAUUUGCCCCUCUCUCCCCCUGCAUUCACCCCUCUCUCUCCCUGCAUUCGCCCCUCUCGCUCCCUGGAAUCCCCCCUCUCGCUCACUGCAUUCGCCCCUCUCACCCCCUGCAUUCGCCCCUCUCUCCCCCUGCAUACGCCCCUCUCUCUCCCUGCAUUCGCCCCUUUCUCCCCCUACAUUCGGCCCUCUCUACCCCUGCAUUCGCCCCUCUCGCUCCCUGCAUUCGCCCCUCGCUCCCUGCAUUCGCCCCUCUCGCUCCCUUCAUUCGCCCCUCUCUCCCCCUGCAUUCGCCCCUCUCUCCCCCUGCAUUCGCCGCUCUCUCUCCCUGCAUUCGCCCCUCUCGCUCCCUGCAUUCGCCCCUCUCGCUCCCUGCAUUCGCCCCUCUCUCCCCCUGCAUUCGCCCCUCUCUCUUCCUGCAUUCGCCCCUCUCUCUCGCUGCAUUCGCCCCUCUCUCCCCCUGCAUUCGCCCCUCUCUCUUCCUUCAUUCGCCCCUCUCUCUCCCUGCAUUCGCCCCUCUCUCCCCCUGCAUUGGCCCCUCUCUCCCCCUGCAUUCGCCCCUCUCUCCCCCUGCAUAGGCCCCUCUCGCUCCCUGCAUUCGCCCCUCUCACUCCCUGCAUUCGCCCCUCUCGCUCCCUGCAUUCGCCCCUCUCUCCCCCUGCAUUCGCCCCUCUCUCCCCCUUCAUUCGCCCUUCUCUCCCCCUGCAUUCGCCCCUGUCUCCCCCUGCAUUCGCCCCUCUCUCACCCUGCAUUCGCCCCUCUCUCUCCCUGCAUUCGCCCCUCUCACUCCCUGCAUUUGCCCCUCUCGCUCCCUGCAUUCGCCCCUCUCUCCCCCUGCAUUCGCCCCUCUCUCCACCUGCAUUCGCCCCUCUCUCUCCCUGCAUUCGCCCCCCUCUCUCCCUGCAUUUGACCCUCUCGCUCCCUGCAUUCGCCCCUCUCGCUCCCUGCAUUCGCCCCUCUCGCUCCCUGCAUUCGCACCUCUCGCUCCCUUCAUUCGCCCCUCUCUCCCCUUGCAUUCACCCCUCUCCCCCUGCAUUCGCCCCUCUCUCUCCCUGCAUUCUCCCCUCUCUCCCCCUGCAUUGGCCCCUCUCUGCCCCUGCAUUCGCACCUCUCGCUCCCUGCAUUCCCCCCUCUCGCUCCCUGCAUUCGACCCUCUCUCCCCCUGCAUUCGCCCCUCUCUCUUCCUGCAUUCGCCCCUCGCGCUCCCUGCAUUCGCCCCUCUCGCUCCCUACAUUCGCCCCUCUUUCCCCCUGCAUUCGCCCCUCUCCCUCCCUUCAUUCGCCCCUCUCUAUCCCUGCAGUCGCCCCUCUCUACCCCUGCAUUCGCCCCUCUCUACCCCUGCAUUCGCCCCUCUCUCCCCCUGCAUUUGCCCCUCUCUCCCCCUGCAUUCGCCCUUCUCUCUCCCUGCAUUCGCCCCUCUCUCCCCCUGCAUUCGCCCCUCUCUCUCCCUGCAUUCGCCCCUCUCUCUCCCUGCAUUCGCCCCUCUCGCUCCCUGCAUUCGCCCCUCUCGCUCCUUGCAUUCGACCCUCUCUCCCCCUGCAUUCGCCCCUCUCUCUUCCUACAUUCGCCCCUCUCACUCCCUGCAUUCGCCCCUCUCGCUCCCUGCAUUCGCCCCUCUCUCCCCCCGCAUUCGCCCCUCACUCCCCCUGCAUUCGCCCCUCUCUCUCCCUGCAUUGGCCCCUCUCUCUCCGUGCAUUCGCCCCUCUCGCUCCCUGCAUUCGCCCCUCUCGUUCCCUGCAUUCGCCCCUCUCACUCCCUGCAUUCGCCCCUCUCGCUCCCUGCAUUUGCCCCCCCUCCACCUGCAUUCGCCCCUCUCUCCCCCUGCAUUCGCCCCUCUCUCCCCCUGCAUUCGCCUCUCUCUCUCCCUGCAUUCGCCCCUCUCUCCCUCUGCAUUGGCCCCUCUCGCUCCUUGCAUUCGCCCCUCUCUCUCCCUGCAUUCGCCCCUCUCGCUCCGUGCAUUCGCCCCUCUCCCUCCCUGCAUUCGCCCCUCUCUCCCUUUGCAUUCGCCCCUCUCUCCCCCUGCAUUCGCCCCUCUCUCUCCCUGCAUUCGCCCCUCUCGCUCCCAACAUUCGCCCCUCUCACCCCGUGCAUUCGCCCCUCUCUCCCCCUGUAUUCGCCCCUCUCUCUCCCUGCAUUCGCCCCUCUCUCCCCCUGCAUUCGCCCCUCUCUACCCCUGCAUUCGGCCCUCUCUACCCCUGCAUUUGCCCCUCUCGCUCCCUGCAUUCGCCCCUCUCGCUCCCUGCAUUCGCCCCUCUUGCUCCCUGCAUUCGCCCCUCUCUCCCCCUGCAUUCGCCCCUCUCUCCCCCUGCAUUCGCCCCUUUCUCUCCCUGCAUUCGCCCCUCUCGCUCCCUGCAUUCGCCCCUCUCGCUCCCUGAAUUCGCCCCUCUCUCCCUUUGCAUUCGCCCCUCUCUCCCCCUGCAUUCGCCCCUCUCUCUCCCUGCAUUCGCCCCUCUCGCUCCCUACAUUCGCCCCUCUCGCUCACUGCAUUCGCCCCUCUCACCCCCUGCAUUCGCCCCUCUCUCCCCCUGCAUUCGCCCCUCUCUCUCCCUGCAUUCGCCCCUCUCUCCCCCUGCAUUCGCCCCUCUCUACCCCUGCAUUCGGCCCUCUCUACCCCUGCAUUCGCCCCUCUCGCUCCCUGCAUUCGCCCCUCUCGCUCCCUGCAUUCGCCCCUCUCGCUCCCUGCAUUGGCCUCUCUCUCCCCCUGCAUUCGCCCCUCUCUCCCCCUGCAUUCGCCCCUCUCUCUCCCUGCAUUCGCCCCUCUCUCCCCCCUGCAUUCGCCCCUCUCUCUCCCUGCAUUCGCCCCUCUCUCCCCCUGCAUUCGCCCCUCUCUACCCCUGCAUUCGGCCCUCUUUACCCCUGCAUUCGCCCCUCUCGCUCCCUGCAUUCGCCCCUCUCGCUCCCUGCAUUCGCCCCUCUCGCUCCCUGCAUUCGCCCCUCUCUCCCCCUGCAUUCGCCCCUCUCUCUCCCUGCAUUCGCCCCUCUCGCUCCCUGCAUUCGCCCCUCUCGCUCACGGCAUUCGCCCCUCUCACCCCAUGCAUUCGCCCCUCUCUCCGCCAACAUUCGCCCCUCUCUCUCCCAGCAUUCGCCCCUCUCUCCCCCUGCAUUCGCCCCUCUCUACCCCUGCAUUCGGCCCUCUCUACCCCUGCAUUCGCCCCUCUCGCUCCCUGCAUUCGCCCCUCUCGCUCCCUGCAUUCGCCCCUCUCGCUCCCUGCAUUCGCCCCUCUCUCCCCCUGCAUUCGCCCCUCUCUCCCCCUGCAUUCGCCCUUCUCUCUCCCUGCAUUCGCCUCUCUCGCUCCCUGCAUUCGCCCCUCUCGCUCCCUGCAUUCGCCCCUCUCUCUCCCUGCAUUCGCCCCUCUCGCUCCCUGCAUUCGCCCCUCUCUCCUUUUGCAUUUGCCCCUCUCCCCCCCAGCAUACGCCCCUCUCUCUCCCUGCAUUCGCCCCUCUCGCUCCCUGCAUUCGCCCCUCUCGCUCCCUGCUAUGCCCCUCUCUCUCUCCCUGCAUUCGCCCCUCUCUCCCCCUGCAUUCGCCCCUCUCUCCCCCUGCAUUCGCCCCUCUCGCUCCCUGCAUUGGCCCCUCUCUCUCCCUGCAUUCGCCCCUCUCGCUCCCUGCAUUCGCCCCUCUCGCUCCCUGCAUUCGCCCCUCUCCCCCCCUGCAUUCGCCCCUCUCUCCCCCUGCAUUCGCCCCUCUCUCCCCCUGCAUUGGCCCCUCUCGCUCCCUGCAUUCGCCCCUCUCUCCCCCAGCAUUCGCCCCUCUCUCCCCCUGGACUCGCCCCUCUCUCUCCUUGCAUUCGCCCCUCUCUCCCCCUGCAUUCGCCCCUCUCUCCCCCUGCAUUCGUCCCUCUCGCUCCCUGCAUUCGCCCCUCUCACUCCCUGCAUUCGCCCCUCUCGCUCCCUGCAUUCUCCCCUCUCUCCCCCUGCAUUCGCCCCUCUCACCCCCUGCAUUCGCCCCUCUCUCCCCCUGCAUUCGCCCCUCUCUCUCCCUGCAGUCGCCCCUCUCUCCCCCUGCAUUCGCCCCUCUCUACCCCUGCAUUCGGCCCUCUCUACCCCUGCAUUCGCCCCUCUCGCUCCCUGCAUUCGCCCCUCUCGCUCCCUGCAUUCGCCCCUCUCGCUCCCUGCAUUUGCCCCUCUCUCCCCCUGCAUUCGCCCCUCUCUCCCCCUGCAUUUGCCCAUCUCUCUCCUUGCAUUCGCCCCUCUCGCUCCCUGCAUUCGCCCCUCUCGCUCCCUGCAUUCGCCCCUCUCUCUCCCUGCAUUCGCCCCUCUCGCUCCCUGCAUUCGCCCCUCUCUCCUUUUGCAUUUGCCCCUCUCUCCCCCUACAUACGCCCCUCUCUCUCCCUGCAUUCGCCCCUCUCGCUCCCUGCAUUCGCCCCUCUCGCUCCCUGCUAUGCCCCUCUCUCUCUCCCUGCAUUCGCCCCUCUCUCCCCCUGCUUUCGCCCCUCUCUCCCCUUGCAUUCGCCCCUCUAUCUCCCUGCAUUGGCCCCUCUCUCUCCCUGCAUUCGCCCCUCUCGCUCCCUGCAUUCGCCCCUCUCGCUCCCUGUAUUCGCCCCUCUCCCCCCCUGCAUUCGCCCCUCUCUCCCCCUGCAUUCGCCCCUCUCUCCCCCUGCAUUGGCCCCUCUCGCUCCCUGCAUUCGCCCCUCUCUCCCCCUGCAUUCGCCCCUCUCUCCCCUUGGAUUCGCCCCUCUCUCUCCUUGCAUUCGCCCCUCUCUCCCCCUACAUUCGCCCCUCUCUCCCCCUGCAUUCGUCCCUCUCGCUCCCUGCAUUCGCCCCUCUCACUCCCUGCAUUCGCCCCUCUCGCUCCCUGCAUUCUCCCCUCUCUCCCCCUGCAUUCGCCCCUCUCACCCCCUGCAUUCGCCCCUCUCGCUCCCUGCAUUCGCCCCUCUCCCCCCCUGCAUUCGCCCCUCUCUCCCCCUGCAUUCGCAACUCUCUCCCCCUGCAUUGGCCCCUCUCGCUCCCUGCAUUCGCCCCUCUCUCCCCCUGCAUUCGCCCCUCUCUCCCCCUGGAUUCGCCCCUCUCUCUCCUUGCAUUCGCCCCUCUCUCCCCCUGCAUUCGCCCCUCUCUCUCCCUGCAUUUGCCCCUCUCGCUCCCUGCAUUCGCCCCUCUCUCUCCCUGCAUUCGCCCCUCUCGCUCCCUGCAUUCGCCCCUCUCUCCCCUGCAUUCACCCCUCUCUCCCUCUGCAUUCGCCCCUCUCUCCCCCUGCAUUCGCCCCUCUCUCUCCCUGCAUUCGCCCCUCUCUCUCCCUGCAUUCGCCCCUCUCGCUCCCUGCAUUCGCCCCUCUCGCUCCCUGCAUUCGCCCCUCUCUCCCCCUGCAUUCGCCCCUCUCUCCCCCUGCAUUCGCCCCUCUCUCCCCCUGCAUUGGCCCCUCUCACUCCCUGCAUUCGCCCCUCUUGCUCCAUGCAUUCGCCCCUCUCUCCCCCUGCAUUCGCCCCUCUCUCCCCCUGGAUUCGCCCCUCUCUCUCCAUGCAUUCGCCCCUCUCUCCCCCUGCAUUCGCCCCUCUCUCCCCCUGCAUUCGCCCCUCUCGCUCCCUGCAUUCGCCCCUCUCACUCCCUGCAUUCGCCCCUCUCGCUCCCUGCAUUCGCCCCUCUCUCCCCCCGCAUUCGCCCCUCACUCCCCCUGCAUUCGCCCCUCUCUCUCCCUGCAUUGGCCCCUCUCUCUCCGUGCAUUCGCCCCUCUCGCUCCCUGCAUUCGCCCCUCUCGCUCCCUGCAUUCGCCCCUCUCACUCCCUGCAUUCGCCCCUCUCGCUCCCUGCAUUUGCCCCUCUCUCCACCUGCAUUCGCCCCUCUCUCCCCCUGCAUUCGCCCCUCUCUCCCCCUGCAUUCGCCUCUCUCUCUCCCUGCAUUCGCCCCUCUCUCCCUCUGCAUUGGCCCCUCUCGCUCCCUGCAUUCGCCCCUCUCUCUCCCUUCAUUCGCCCCUCUCGCUCCCUGCAUUCGCCCCUCUCCCUCCCUGCAUUCGCCCCUCUCUCCCUUUGCAUUCGCCCCUCUCUCCCCCUGCAUUCGCCCCUCUCUCUCCCUGCAUUCGCCCCUCUCGCUCCCAGCAUUCGCCCCUCUCACCCCGUGCAUUCGCCCCUCUCUCCCCCUGCAUUCGCCCCUCUCUCUCCCUGCAUUCGCCCCUCUCUCCCCCUGCAUUCGCCCCUCUCUACCCCUGCAUUCGGCCCUCUCUACCCCUGCAUUUGCCCCUCUCGCUCCCUGCAUUCGCCCCUCUCGCUCCCUGCAUUCGCCCCUCUUGCUCCCUCCAUUCGCCCCUCUCUCCCCCUGCAUUCGCCCCUCUCUCCCCCUGCAUUCGCCCCUUUCUCUCCCUGCAUUCGCCCCUCUCGCUCCCUGCAUUCGCCCCUCUCGCUCCCUGAAUUCGCCCCUCUCUCCCUUUGCAUUCGCCCCUCUCUCCCCCUGCAUUCGCCCCUCUCUCUCCCUGCAUUCGCCCCUCUCUCCCCCUGCAUUCGCCCCUCUCUACCCCUGCAUUCGGCCCUCUCUACCCCUGCAUUCGCCCCUCUCGCUCCCUGCAUUCGCCCCUCUCGCUCCCUGCAUUCGCCCCUCUCGCUCCCUGCAUUGGCCUCUCUCUCCCCCUGCAUUCGCCCCUCUCUCCCCCUGCAUUCGCCCCUCUCUCUCCCUGCAUUCGCCCCUCUCUCCCCCCUGCAUUCGCCCCUCUCUCUCCUUGCAUUCGCCCCUCUCUCCCCCUGCAUUCGCCCCUCUCUACCCCUGCAUUCGGCCCUCUUUACCCCUGCAUUCGCCCCUCUCGCUCCCUGCAUUCGCCCCUCUCGCUCCCUGCAUUCGCCCCUCUCGCUCCCUGCAUUCGCCCCUCUCUCCCCCUGCAUUCGCCCCUCUCACUCCCUGCAUUCGCCCCUCUCGCUCCCUGCAUUCGCCCCUCUCGCUCACGGCAUUCGCCCCUCUCACCCCGUGCAUUCGCCCCUCUCUCCGCCAACAUUCGCCCCUCUCUCUCCCUGCAUUCGCCCCUCUCUCCCCCUGCAUUCGCCCCUCUCUACCCCUGCAUUCGGCCCUCUCUACCCCUGCAUUCGCCCCUCUCGCUCCCUGCAUUCGCCCCUCUCGCUCCCUGCAUUCGCCCCUCUCGCUCCCUGCAUUCGCCCCUCUCUCCCCCUGCAUUCGCCCCUCUCUCCCCCUGCAUUCGCCCUUCUCUCUCCCUGCAUUUGCCUCUCUCGCUCCCUGCAUUCGCCCCUCUCGCUCCCUGCAUUCGCCCCUCUCUCUCCCUGCAUUCGCCCCUCUCGCUCCCUGCAUUCGCCCCUCUCUCCUUUUGCAUUUGCCCCUCUCCCCCCCAGCAUACGCCCCUCUCUCUCCCUGCAUUCGCCCCUCUCGCUCCCUGCAUUCGCCCCUCUCGCUCCCUGCUAUGCCCCUCUCUCUCUCCCUGCAUUGGCCCCUCUCUCUCCCUGCAUUCGCCCCUCUCGCUCCCUGCAUUCGCCCCUCUCGCUCCCUGCAUUCGCCCCUCUCCCCCCCUGCAUUCGCCCCUCUCUCCCCCUGCAUUCGCCCCUCUCUCCCCCUGCAUUGGCCCCUCUCGCUCCCUGCAUUCGCCCCUCUCUCCCCCUGCAUUCGCCCCUCUCUCCCCCUGGAUUCGCCCCUCUCUCUCCUUGCAUUCGCCCCUCUCUCCCCCUGCAUUCGUCCCUCUCGCUCCCUGCAUUCGCCCCUCUCACUCCCUGCAUUCGCCCCUCUCGCUCCCUGCAUUCUCCCCUCUCUCCCCCUGCAUUCGCCCCUCUCACCCCCUGCAUUCGCCCCUCUCUCCCCCUGCAUUCGCCCCUCUCUCUCCCUGCAGUCGCCCCUCUCUCCAACUGCAUUCGCCCCUCUCUACCCCUGCAUUCGGCCCUCUCUACCCCUGCAUUCGCCCCUCUCGCUCCCUGCAUUCGCCCCUCUCGCUCCCUGCAUUCGCCCCUCUCGCUCCCUGCAUUCGCCCCUCUCUCCCCCUGCAUUCGCCCCUCUCUCCCCCUGCAUUUGCCCCUCUCUCUCCUUGCAUUCGCCCCUCUCGCUCCCUGCAUUCGCCCCUCUCGCUCCCUGCAUUCGCCCCUCUCUCUCCCUGCAUUCGCCCCUCUCGCUCCCUGCAUUCGCCCCUCUCUCCUUUUGCAUUUGCCCCUCUCUCCCCCUACAUACGCCCCUCUCUCUCCCUGCAUUCGCCCCUCUCGCUCCCUGCAUUCGCCCCUCUCGCUCCCUGCUAUGCCCCUCUUUCUCUCCCUGCAUUCGCCCCUCUCUCCCCCUGCUUUCGUCCCUCUCUCCCCCUGCAUUCGCCCCUCUAUCUCCCUGCAUUGGCCCCUCUCUCUCCCUGCAUUCGCCCCUCUCGCUCCCUGCAUUCGCCCCUCUCGCUCCCUGCAUUCGCCCCUCUCCCCCCCUGCAUUCGCCCCUCUCUCCCCCUGCAUUUGCCCCUCUCUCCCCCUGCAUUGGCCCCUCUCGCUCCCUGCAUUCGCCCCUCUCUCCCCCUGCAUUCGCCCCUCUCUCCCCUUGGAUUCGCCCCUCUCUCUCCUUGCAUUCGCCCCUCUCUCCCCCUGCCUCGUCCCUCUCUCCCCCUGCAUUCGUCCCUCUCGCUCCCUGCAUUCGCCCCUCUCACUCCCUGCAUUCGCCCCUCUCGCUCCCUGCAUUCUCCCCUCUCUCCCCCUGCAUUCGCCCCUCUCACCCCCUGCAUUCGCCCCUCUCGCUCCCUGCAUUCGCCCCUCUCCCCCCCUGCAUUCGCCCCUCUCUCCCCCUGCAUUCGCCCCUCUCUCCCCCUGCAUUGGCCCCUCUCGCUCCCUGCAUUCGCCCCUCUCUCCCCCUGCAUUUGCCCCUCUCUCCCCCUGGAUUCGCCCCUCUCUCUCCUUGCAUUCGCCCCUCUCUCCCCCUGCAUUCGCCCCUUUCUCCCCCUGCAUUCGUCCCUCUCGCUCCCUGCAUUCGCCCCUCUCGCUCCCUGCAUUCGCCCCUCUCACUCCCUGUGCCGCUUCACCCCACUGCACCACUUGACCCCUGCAGGUACCUCUACCGUGCAUUGAGAACAGGGGAUGCAGCGCUGUGUGCGCGGGUGCUGCGGGUGCACAAGAAGCUGACGGAGAACGCGGGGCUUGGCAGCAUCAUUCGCGUAUGGCUGGCCGCAAGCACACCGUCUAGUCUAGUGUACUUCACUGCUUGCAAUACGUCUACGCUUCCGUGCCUGGCUGUUCCCUCGGGUUUCCUGACCGGCUUCCAUGUCCCCUCGUUCUCCAGGAACUUGGUGGGUGUGAGGCCGCUUGUCAACAGUCAUGUAGGUGUUUGGUUUGAGCCUUCUGGGGACUCUACGACCAGUGUAGACGGUGACACGUACGCGCCCCUGGCCACCUUUGAUGCUGAGUCGGGCUCUGGUCUCUACACACUUCACACUGGCCCCCAAGAGAGGCAGAAGUAG